AUGGCUAUGGUGCAGGUCGUCGUCUCUGGCCAGCUCCUAUGGGCUUAUGAAUUCUCUGAGCCAGUUGAUCCUGUAACUGGAAAAGCCAUCAGCCUGGAUGUGAAUGCAUACAACCCGGGUAUCUUGCAGGCACCACUUCCCUUUAAGGUUCGGAUCACGGUCAGGAGUGACAAGCAUGCUGCGACGAUAGCGAAAGAGUUGACUUCGGCGUUGGAUUUCUUGAAGCAAUGGGAGUAG